AUGGACUACAAUUUUGAUGACCUAGCCGAAGAGGAAGAUAGCCCGUAUCCAGAGGUGCGGGCGUCGGUAUCAAAUAUUGACGAUCCAGAUAUGCCCGUCUUGACAUUACGACUAUGGGUGCUUGGUCUGCUGCUGACUGCCGUCGCUGCAGCGGCGAACAUGUUCUUCUACAUGCGACAACCAGCGCCAAGCAUAAGCACGACACUCGUCGUUAUCGUGGCGCACCCCAUCGGCAAGUUCCUCGCGUUUUGGCUGCCCAUCACGACCUAUCGUCUCCCGCGCUGGCUAGGCGGGCAUGAGUUUUCGCUCAAUCCCGGCCCUUGGAACAUUAAAGAACACGCGCUGGUUUUCAUGAUGGCGAAUGUCGCGAGUGGUCCGCCAUAUGCCAUCCAGGCUACGAUCUCCAUCGACGUUAGCUACGGCGAAAACCUGGGAUAUUGGUUCAAUGUGGUGCUGAUCUUGGCGACGCAAUUGACGGGCUUUGGACUGGCGGGGCUGUGCAGGAGGAUAUUGGUGUGGCCGGCGAGCAUGGUGUGGCCACAGAACCUAAUCGUGUGCACGCUGCUGAACACGCUGCACGCGGAGGAGGACGAGCCGCGCGGCGGUAUCUCGCGCUUCAGGUAUCUGGUGUAUGUGGGUGUGGCGGCGUUUGUGUUCUACUUCCUGCCAGGGUACCUGUUCACCGCUCUGUCGGUGUUCUCCUGGGUUUGCUGGAUCGUGCCGAACAAUGUGCCGGUCAACCAGCUGUUCGGCAUCGAGUCCGGGCUGGGGAUGGGCUUGCUGACGUUCGAUUGGACGCAGAUCAGCUGGAUCUCGAGCCCGCUGAUGGUGCCAUGGUGGGCGCAGGUGCAAGUAUUCGCUGGCUUCGUGUUUUUCUAUUGGAUUUUGACGCCGGCGCUGUACUACCCUAACGUAUGGAGUCUCGCAUACUUUCCGAUGCUUUCGACGGAGCUAUACGACCGCUUCGGAGACGUGUACAACGUCUCGAAGAUACUUGACAGUUCGGGAGAUUUCUCCCAAUCGUUGUACGAGGCGUACUCGCCGCUGUACCUUCCCGCGGCGUACACGAUGACGUACCUAAUGGCGUUCGCGCUCGCGCCAUGCGUGAUCGUGCACACGGCGCUGUUCCACGGGAAGACAAUAUGGCAAGGCAUCAAGCGCGUGAGCACGGAAAAGGAUGAUAUUCAUGCGAAGCUCAUGAAGGCGUACCCCGAGGUACCCGACUGGUGGUAUGCGGUCGUGUUUGUGACGUUCUUUGCGCUGGCGAUCGUUGCGGCGGAGGUUUGGCAUACCGGCGCACCCGUGUGGUUCUUGAUUCUCGCUGCGAUUAUCCCUGUCGUCUAUAUCAUACCAUCUGGAUACGUCUACUCGAUAUCCGGCCAAGUGAUUUCGAUAAACAUUCUGGCGCAAAUUAUACCCGGAGUAGUACUUACAGGCCAGCCCAUCCCUAACAUGUUCUUCAAGUCAUACGCGCUGCAGACGCUCACUGAGGGCUCGAGAUUCGUGUCAGACCUGAAGCUUGGGCACUACAUCAAGGUCCCACCACGGGCUACAUUCGUUGCGCAAUUGGUAUCGACGUUGCUGGUCGCUUUCAUCCAGUGCGGUAUGCAGCAGUGGAUGUUCGAGAGCGUGCCGCAAAUCUGCACGCCGCACCAGAAAUACUCGCUGACGUGUCCGCAUAACGAGGUGUUCUACGAGGCGUCCGUGCUCUGGGGAGUAAUCGGGCCCAGGCGUCAGUUUGGCUCGGGGUCGAUGUACAACCCGGAGCUGUGGGCACUGCUCAUCGGCGCAGUCCUGCCUAUCCCGUUCUGGCUCUGGACGCGGCGGAAUCCAGAGUCGUGGAUGCGCUACAUCAACACGCCGUUGCUCUUGAACGGCAUCGCGGAUAUCCCGCCCGCGACGGGUAUCAACUACUCGUCGUGGUUCCUGGUUGGAUUCAUCUUCCAGUAUGUGCUGCGGAGGCGUAACUUUGCGUGGUGGAGCAAAUUUAACUACGUGACGAGUGCGGCUUUGGAUAGCGGGACGGUGGUCUCGCUGCUUGUGAUUUUCUUUGCGUUGGAGUUUCCAAAAGGCGGCGUCAGCAUAAGCUGGUGGGGGAACGAUGUAUGGAAGAAUACUGCGGAUUACAGAGGUACUCCAUUGAGAUCAACACCUUCCGGCGGCAUCUAA